UCUGCUGGCUGGUCUGGUCUGGUCUCAUACUAUCGAGAGCGACUCCGCGGCCGUACUUCGAAAAUUUAGGGUUCCGGUGUCCCGGCUACGGCGGCGAUGAAGUUCUUGAUGCAGCCGGUGAGCAGCAAAACUCUGAUUGAGGAAGUCAAUGACAGCGAGAUACCGAUGGAGCCUCUUCACUAUCCUGUGCUGCCUACUCCGGCCGCGGGGUUGCCGGCGGCGAGCGCCUCAAGUGCAGAUGCAAUCAUGUGCUCUGCCACCGUUGUAGCAACCGGCGAAGAGGCAGAUCAGCCACAGGCAUCUGAACACUCCAUAGAGCAGAUUGAUCCACAGGCACCAGGAUGGACGCGAAGGGUAAGGAUUGGAGCUGCAGCACCAGGGCGUGUCCCCAACCCGGAUAGGAUGACAGUAUUUGAAAAAUCGGUUCGCGUGUUUGCGGAGGCACCUGGUGAAAAUGUCAUCGUGCUAAAAAUAGGCAUAAGCUUCGAUACGCUUGGAGGGGCUUACGAUUUUUAUAACUUGUAUUCGUGGGAGAAAGGUUUCGGAAUUAGAUAUGGAAAGAGCAGACUAAAUGUGAACCGGACGAAGUGCAUGCAGGAGAUAGUAUGCGGCUGUGCGGGGAAACCGAUUGUCGAGAAUACCCGAUCCUGUCGAUGUGAAUGUCCUGCCCUGGUGAGGCUGCUACGGUCAAAGGAUAAUGGGUGAUAUAUAGCAGAGCACCGGGGUGAGCACAACCAUUCUUUGUCUCUGACAUAUGGGCAAACCUUACACUGGCCAUCACACAAACAUAUCGACAUAUACAGCAGAGAUUUAGUGAAGCAGC